AUGGCCAACAACCACGACGAAGACACCGAAUGGAACGACAUUCUCCGCGCCAAGGGCAUCAUCCCCAAGAAAGAGGAGAUCACCGAGGCCGACAUCGUUGACAUGAUUGACGACGCCAUUGCAAAACGCGACGAAAAGAACUAUGAACAAAAGACCGUCGACGAGCUGGACGAACUCUUGGACGAGGACAACGAGGAGAACGAGCGCAUGUUGAUGGAAUACAGACAGCAAAGACUGAACGCUAUCAAGCAGGAGAUGUCCGAGGACAAGUUUGGCGAAAUUCAGCACAUUUACAAGACGGAUUUCAUCCGCGAGGUAUCAGACGCAAGCAAGGUCGUCUGGGUCGUCGCUUACCUCUACAAGGAAUAG